UCAUAUUCCUAUCAAAGAGCAAAAUCAGAACAUAAACAAAACAAUAAUUUUUCCAGUGUAUUUUAUUUUCUUCAGUUCUCUUGUCAUUGCAUCUUCUAUCUUUCCUCAUCAGUCUUGAAUUUACAGAAUCACAAACACCCAAACUCGAAUCUGCAAAUCCAAGCCUGAGAACUUCAUAGCGAAUCUCCCAAAAAAACCAACCCCAAAACCAAAAUCAUGAAUUCAAUCCUCAUGAAAGCCGUUCUCUUCCUCAGCAUUGCAAGCCUCACAGCCGCAACCACCGCUGAAGAAAAGCCUGCACAAUCCCACACAGCCGUCACCCUCGCCCACAAAGACGUGAAGCCGCAGUACUUCAUGCUCGACCUCAACUGCGACGUCAGUAACGGCACCAAUCCCAGCGAGCUCACCCUCAGCUGUGAAAUUCAAAGCGCCAAGAAAGUACCCGGACACAUCUAUAACCCUACUAAGUACCGCAUGGAAAUCGGAUCCGAAACACCAGCCGACAUCAAAUUUUGGGGAUACAUCGUUCACCAGACUAAUCUUCAGCCUUUCACCGUCUCGCAAUCGUCUAUUCCUUCUGGAGAGAGAUUGGUCGUGAUGAUGGCGGGUUGUUGGGGAACUCUUAAGGAAUGGAAAGAUCUUAGGCGUCCUGAGGCGGAUUAUCGCUGUAAGAUUUUGGAGGUGAGAGCUUCACGAGGAUUGUGAGGGUGUAUUUUGGGGGAAGGAGUGGGAAAUCGAUCGUAUGUAGGGAGUG